CAGAAGCGGUAUGGUCAGCGCGCUGUCAGCGCAGACUUUUCUUAUGCUUACAGUAGCAGAAAACGUCUGUAUUCUGGGAAGACAUUCGAAAUGACUCCAUAUGAAUUAUAAAACGUCCUAACAAUAAAAUGGGCGACUGAACCAAUUCUGAAGACAGAAAAGUUGGAUCUAUUUUCUUGGUGUUCGAUGGGAACUUUGAGUUGAUUAAUACAGCUGGAAAAAUGUCACCUUCAAAUGAGACAAUUUGGACAUGGGAAGAACCGAACAACCGAACGACAGGUGACUCUUUCGGCCCUGAAGUGGUAAUUGUGCCUGUCAUAUUUGGAUGUAUAUUCCUCUUAGGCAUUUUUGGCAACACAUUAGUGAUUAUAGUCAUUGGAAGAGUCAAGUCCAGGCGUUCUCGAAGUACCACGAACGUUUUUAUCCUAAAUCUCAGCAUAGCUGAUUUGACUUUUUUAUUAAUUUGUGUCCCAUUUCAAGCAACAAUAUACAGCCUGCCUGAGUGGAUCUUCGGGGCUUUCUUGUGUAAAUGUGUUCACUAUUUCGUGACGGUGAGCAUGCUUGUGAGCAUCUUUACUCUGGUGGCUAUGUCCAUUGACAGAUACAUUGCUGUUGUCCACUCGAAGAAAUCACCAUGCAUUCGCAAUAGAAAGAAUGCCCUCGUUGGAGUCUGUAUCAUUUGGUUGCUUUCUUUCAUCUUUGCCAUACCAGUUGCUCAACAUCAGAUACUUACCGGCCAUCCUGAGGCUCCCAACAGUUCGUUUUGUUGGGAAAUAUGGAGCGAAAUUGUGCCCAAACAGACCUACAAAGUGACUAUUUUAGUAAUUGGAUAUCUGUUACCACUGUGUUUGAUCACGUGUUGUUAUACCAAGGUCCUGUAUCAUUUACACAAAAAGAUGAAGAACAUGACCAAGAAAUCUGAGCGUUCAAAGAGAAAGACAGCCCAAACGGUACUUUUGGUGGUGGCCGCCUUCCUCAUCUGCUGGAUGCCUCACCACAUCAUUGCCAUGUGGGUGGAGUUUGGCAGAUUCCCUCUGAAUGACGCAUCUUUUGCCUUCCGCAUCAUCUCCCACUGCCUGGCUUAUGGCAACUCCUGCGUAAACCCCAUCCUCUAUGCGUUCCUCUCAGAGAACUUCCGCAAGGCCUGCCAACAGGUCUUCACCUGUUACUUAUUCUACCCACCGCCACCAGUGGAGAAGGUGGUGCGCAUCCGGAUGGACAACUUCUCCACCACACACUCCACAACCAAUAUAUAAGGUGGCAAGACCGCUAUGUACUGUGUGUAAAAAAGUAACAGAGCCUUCUAUGUUAAAUCCAGCUGUAUGCCAUCUGUUAUAAAGCUGAGGCAGAGAAUUGGUACACCAAGACUUUCAACUUUCUCCAAGUGGAAAGGGCCAUAAUGAGAUGGAGGAAGUGGCAUUUCAGUGCUGAUUUUCCUGGUGCAGUUCAUUUGAUUAUUGAAAUCAAUUUAACUUGGAGCAGAGUGCAGAUUGAGCCGCUAAUGCUUUCAGAAGCUUAAAGUAUUCAUUGUUUAUAUAAUUCAUUUAUUCAUUAUGGCGAAGUCUGGAUUUUGGAAGGAGCUCUCUUGGAAAACACAUAAAAAGGAGUAUGACAACGAGAAAUAAAAAGUAGAUGCUGUCUUGGAAGACACAAACAAUUGA